CCCCCCGCCCGCCCCGGGGCCGCCCCGCCGGCAGUGCGCAGGCCCGCGGCCGCGCCGGCCGCCCGGCAGUCGGUCAGCCAUGUGGGUGUUCGGCUACGGCUCCCUCAUCUGGAAGGUGGAUUUCCCCUACGAGGAGAAGAUGGUGGGGCGCAUCCUGGGCUACAGCCGCCGCUUCUGGCAGGGCAGCACCGACCACCGCGGCGUGCCGGGCAAGCCUGGAAGAGUUGUGACUCUGGUUGAAGAUCCUGAGGGGUGUGUAUGGGGUGUUGCUUACAGACUGCCAGCUGGACAAGAAUGUGAAGUAAAGGCAUACCUGGACUUCAGAGAGAAGGGAGGCUACAGGACUACAACUGUCAUUUUCUAUCCAAAAGACUCGUCAGUAAAACCGUUUCAUGUAUUGCUAUACAUUGGAACUUGUGACAACCCUAACUACCUUGGUCCAGCACCUCUAGAAGAAAUUGCUGAACAGAUUUUUAAUGCAGUUGGUCCUAGUGGAAGAAACACAGAAUACCUGUUUGAACUCGCUAAUUCUAUCAGAAAUCUCGUACCAGAAGACGUAGAUGAGCAUCUCUUCUCCUUAGAGAAACUAGUAAAGGAACUCUUGGAAAAGCAUCAAAACCUAAAUUGUCUAUAAAAUAACUUCUUACUUUUAAUGAUCUUGCUUCAUCUUCAGAGGAAUGGUUGCAUUGCACAAUGGGUAUAUGACUUAGAAGCAUGUUUCUCUGUACUAUGAUAUCUUAUUUAUUUUAAUGCUGCAUUCAAAAUAGUAGUCUACUGUUACAAAAAUCAUUCUUUCAGGAGUCUAUAGAAAGGGGAGCAGGGGAAGUGUUUUAGGUUUGAACUUGGUGAAGCGGGUUUUUACCCAAAGACUACAUCUUUAUGAAAAUCUCAAGAGAAACACUUAACCUUCUCUAUCUUUGAAGAUUUUUUUUUUUAAUUAUUAUUAUUUCAGGUGUAAAAUAAAUCCUUAUAAUAUUUUAAGAUAAAAAUCUGCAUUCAAAUACAACUCGUAUUGAUUUAAGUGAUAGUUCUUUCCGAUUCAAGACCACAGGCGUGGAGCUCAGUGCAGCUAGAGAGAUAAAUGUUAAGUAGUUGUAAAUUGCAUAGUAAAUGCAUAGUAGAAUAUUUAUAUCAUCAACGUUCAGCUUCACCAAAAUUAAAUUAUUCCACUGAAUUAGUCAUCCUACCCUUUAUAUCUUAGUUUGUCCUUAAACGCAGAGGAUAAACUGUUUCAUUGUCAAGGAAGUAAUUCCUUCCCUUGGCUUAUUAUGUCAGGCCCCUGAAAACCAAAGCACAGGGUACUUUGACAUGAAGAAGCCAUAACAUAUCAGUGCCUCAUUUUAUUUUUUAACAUUAAUAUAAAGAGUAAAGCCAAAAUGUUAAAAUUAACUGAGAGUAUGACUUGAAGUCACAACGCAGCAAGAAUGUUCAGAAACUUUAAUCUUUGUUAUCUGCCUUUAGAUACUGUUGUAACCCCACCUCUUAAAAAAUUCUCCAAUCUCUGAGGAUAGGUUUUAAGCAAGUAAUUUUCAACCACUGUUUCAGGGAUCCAUGGACAAAAGACAAUUAAGAAAGGAACCCUCUUUUCAAUAAAUUUAUGUCUGUUGUAUGGACAUCCAAACAAAAAGCAUUAGAAAGCCACCAGUUUAGGCUAGUAGGCUUACUUUACACAAAACAUCAGCAAAUGGAGUUUCCAUCACAACAAGGACUUGUCUUGCUUCUCAAAAAUUUAAGUUAUUUUUGUUAACUUGUAACAAAGUAUAUUUUUCUAUGUUAAUAUAUGAAAGGUCCUAUUUUAAACACCAUGUAAUGUCACAUUUUCUCAUACAGAGAAUGUAUAAGUGUUUAAUAGUAGCUUGGAAGCCUAUAUUUUGCGUCAGUAAUUGCAAAACCCAUAUGUUUCUACUAUACAGGUUGUCCCUUUCUCUUCUUUACAUUUCCCUGUUUUAUGUUUGUAAUUGCUUGAAAAUAUCAGGGUUAUCAAAAUAACAAGCUGCUAUUAUUUUACCUGGCCACCUACAAAAGCCAACAAGAACAUAAAUGAAUGUUAAUAGGAAACAUUUGAGAAAGACAGCUAGAUGAGCAGAAAAUAGGAUAUUAAAAUUCAAACCUAAAUUCAAGGUAAUUAGACCACUUAAAAUAUUUAACCAAGAAAGCUGUAUUUUUUACAUACCAGAUUAUAAUUUUAGUGUGCCUCUGGCAUCUCUCAAGCAUUGAUUUAUUGGCGGGGGGGGGGGGGGGGGGGGGGGGCAGAAAAAAGAGUAUUAGUUUUUAGAAGCUACUGUUUACUACUAAUAGUUGAAUGCCACUUGAGAGUGCGUGACGGGGUGUCACUUGAUGGACUACUCUAAACUGCAGAAGCAAAUCCCCUGAUGAUACUAGCAAAAUAAUUGUAUGUACUGAGGCCCCAUUAUUCCAUUAGUACACGAGUUACUUGCAAACUGAUGGAAUAUCCUUCAAAGGUCUUGAUUCUCCACUGCACUGUGCUGGGUUGAGAUUGACGUAACUGAGUGGAAAAGCAACCCCAACUAAUUCGGCUGUACAGCAGGAUGGAAGUAUGAUCAGAACUUCCAGGUGUCUGUAAGUAAUGACAGUCAUUAAGAUGCCCAAAGCUGGAGCUGAAUGACUUCAUGCACCAAAGAUGAACAGUGAUAACCAUCACCCAAAUCAGCAUUAAUGAACCUGCUCCAUUACACAUGCAUUUAUUCAUCUUGACUUAAAGCCUAAGUCUUAAGUGUUACUGGAUACUUAACUGUUACUAAAAAUGUUAUGUAUUAUUUAUUUCAAAAACACUGAAGUGUUGAAAAGAAUAGUGCCCUCAAGAAAACCCAACCAACAACAGCACUUUUCUUGUGCUUACUUCAGAUUUAAGCAAGCUGUAGUACAGUUAAAACAUGUACGAUGGCAUGUCCACUCUAUGCGUUUUUUUAAAAUUCUUUCCUCAAAGGCUUAUCCUUGUUCCUUAAAACAGGGCAGGGGAUGCUUACACUCACUAAUGAUCCAAAAAUAUCAGUGAUGAUUCCCUUUUUAAACACUAUUUAAGUACUGUGUUGGGGCAUUGUAAUUAUGUAUGGCUCUACAUUUUGUACCUUUAAUUAUAUUCAGGACAUUGUUGGUUCAUUUGCUUUCCAGAUUCAUAAAACUUGCCAUAAUAUCUGCAAUGAUACAUUCCAGUUUGUGCAUACAACUUCAGUACAAUAAAAACGCAUCACACUUA